AAACAACGCAAUGAGACAUACCAGAUCAAGCAUAUCAACUGGUUUGAUGCCGCCGCCGGACCUAAUGGCCACAUGCGACGCUCUCCUAUCUUGACGCAGAAUGCCAACGGCCCCUGUCCUCUGCUUGCUCUUGUCAACGCUUUGACUUUGUCGGCGCCCGAAUCACCAAAGACAGUACUGGUUGACACUCUCAGCUCACGCGAACAAAUCAGUCUUGGCCUUCUCUUAGAUGCCGUUUUCGAAGAGCUCGCACGGAGAACAGAGAUCUCGAGCAAAGCACUCCCUGAUGUUGGUGAGCUCUACACCUUCCUCAUCACCUUGCACACUGGCAUGAAUGUCAAUCCACGAUUUGUUGCUGCUCAGAAUGCUCCACAAGAAAAGCCCGGCUCGUUCGACGAGACACGAGAAAUGCGCCUUUACAGCGCUUUCGAAAUGCCACUCUUCCACGGCUGGGUUCCAUUGCCCACUUCGUCAGCUUACGAAGCUUUUGAUCGCUCAGCCAAAACGUUCGACGAUGCACUCAACAUUGAGACUGCUCAGGCUGAGCUUGAGCACAAGCUAGGGACUGAUGGGCUAUCAGCGCAAGAACAACAGUUGUUUGAGGAUAUCAUCUUCAUCAAAGAGUUCCUCACAACUUACCCCACUCAGCUGACUGAUCACGGUCUCAAGCUGAUCGCGGACUUUUUAAAACCUGGUCAAAUUGCCAUCUUGUUCAGGAACGAUCACUUCUCGACAUUGUAUAAGCAUCCAAGAAGUGGUACGCUCAUGAAUCUUGUCACAGAUGCAGGCUAUUCAUCCCAUGAUGAAAUUGUUUGGGAGAGCUUGGUUGAUGUCAGUGGCGCAGCUGGCAGCUUCUUUUCCGGCGAUUUC